GCGCUCUUGCUCUUCCAGAUCUGCAGGCCAGUUCACCUCCAGUUACAAGCGCCCGCAAUCUGUGCUGAAACACGAGUCAGGGAAAGACGAUCAGGUCGGUGGCCUGGGAUGACCGGAAUACUUUCCAUCGUCGCGUUUUGGCCGGUGCGAGCUCCCCGCGUUUGAGAGCCGUUGCUGCAAGCGUGAGGGGUGAGAAGCAGCGGAGGGAGAGAAAACUCGGAAUAAAGAGACUGAAGCGGAGUGGAGAUGGAUCAUCUGUAGCGUAUUCCUGACAGCUCACUAAGUUGACGACUCGACACAGAUUAGUAUGUCCGACUCCCAGAGGAAACCGUCCGACAACAAGAACAUCAAGAAGCUCCGCGCCGUAAGCAUGGUGUGCGGCCUGGCGAGCCGCUGGCAGCAGUGGGUGGCGGAGAAUGAGGAGAAGCAGGCCAGUGAACCCAGUGGCUGGGCUCCGUCCUCACCGGGGGGACCGGCCGAGGAACCCAGAAGGAAAUGGGUCCCCAAGAAGCCUCCUGCUGCUCAAGUCCGGCCGACAGAGGUGUCUCAAAUGAGUGCAACUACUCCUGGAGAGUCUGCAAAGACAUCAGCUCCUCACGAGAAGGCCGAGGCGGUCGUGACCCCAACUGAGCCGCCUGUUGCCUCUCCUAUCCAGACCAAGCAGGCGGGGGAGGCGGUGACCGGCGGCGCGGGCGACGGGCUCCUGACCGUGACGGUCACGAGGGAGGCCCCGCCGCCGGGCGAGGAGAUGGACCGGCUGCUGACGAAGAAGAGCUCACCCACGCGCCGCAGGAAGUGCUCCAACAUGGUGUCGUCGCUGACCAAAUGCUGGCGGCUAGUGGAGAGCGAGCAGAAGCUCGGCAAAGGAGGAGAAAGGCCGGCAAAGUCGCGGGCCGGUGGCUCAGAUCAAGAGGAGAGUGGACGUCCCGAAGCAUGGCAGGAGGGAGCGGACUCACGUGACGCUCGGAGCCUUUUGAAAGACGGCGAGCAAAACGACUGCGCCGAGGACUCGGAGUCAUCGGUGAAGAUUAAAAGACCCGCAGUCCCGGCGUACAAAAGGGAAUCGGAAGAUGCCAACAAGAUCAACGCUCUCUCCAAGAAGUACAGCGCCGUGGGAAGCAUGAAGAGCCGCUGGCAGAACUGGGCCUCGGAGCACGCCGUCAGCCAGAGGCUGAACCCCUUCAGUGAAUACUUUGACUACGAUUACUCCAUGUCCCUCCGCCUCCAGAAGGGCGAGGAGGGCUACGGACGCCCCAGGGACGGCACUAAGACGGCGGAGAGAGCCAAACGCGCCGAGCAACACAUCCACCGGGAGAUCGCCGACAUGUGUUACGUGAUCAGGACUAUGGCCGAUCCGGACGCGGACGGCAGGACCCGCAUCACGUUCGGAGAGCUGUUCGACAGAUACGUCCGGAUCUCUGACAAGGUGGUGGGGAUUCUCAUGAGAGCCAGGAAACACGGGAAGGUGGCGUUCGAAGGGGAGAUGCUGUGGCAGGGCCAGGACGACGGGGUGGUCAUAACUCUGCUGGUGUGAUAUUAGCACCUGGGUCAGAGUUGUACUGGAAAUCCUCUGGUGCGGCCAGUCGCUAGCACAGGGGAUGAGCGCAACGGAGGGAGUGAAAUAGCCUCAGUCAUCAUCAGACAGGGCUACGAGGAGGAUUAAGAAAUACAAUUGUUUUGAGAAAUCUGCAAAGACUUUGGUGAGAUAAAGUCCUCUCUUGUGUUCUCCAUG